AGUGGUAGAUAUAUUCUCUCGGAUAUCGGGCAAUGCGUGCGUUCAAAACUUGAAAACUAAUUACUCACACCAAAAUUCAUAAAAACAGUGCUAACUAUUUUACCAAAAAAAAAAGAAGAAAAAUAAAUUAAAAAAUCGCUAAACGAAAAUUCACCUUACAAAUUUUGUCGUCUCGAUUGUGAAGCAAGAAGCAAAAAUCAAGAAGUCAGCAGCAGCAACAACAAAAGCAACAAUCGUAAGAAGUAAAAAGCCAGAGUGUGUGGCGACCAGCAACUGAGAGACACUCUGUGUUUGUGUGUGCGAGCGAGCGAGAGAGAGAGAGACAGAGAGACAAUUAUCGUUUCGUUUUGUGGUUUAGCAGCAGCAGCAGAAGCGCAGCGUCAAAGUCAGCACAAAUAUGUCCACCGAUUCCAGUCGACGCAUUCAGGUGCCGGAUGAGCUCAAAGAGGUGCUUUUGCAGUUCUCCAUCUCGUAUCUGGUCGAACAGCCACCGGAUCUGCUUGACUUUGCCGCCGAAUACUUUAACAAACUGCAGGCAAAUCGGCCAACAACAGCCACUGAUAACGGGGCCGAUGAUCAGAUAAGCCUCAACUCACAAGAUGGCGACGCCGAACCACCAAUAGUACAAAGCACACGUCGCAAAUCCGUGUUCGCCGAGGCUUACGAUCCGGAGGCGGACGACGAUGAUGAGGGCGCCACUGCCAUAUUCCCCAAGACAGAUGACCAGCGGGCGCGUCUCGUCGAGUCGGUGAAGAAUGUGCUGCUCUUCCGUUCGCUGGAGAAGGAACAGAUGAAUCAAGUGCUGGAUGCGAUGUUCGAGCGGAAGGUGGAACCAGGCGAUUUCAUCAUACGCCAGGGCGAUGAUGGUGAUAACUUUUAUGUUAUUGAAUCUGGCAUCUACAAAGUCUAUAUAAAUGAUAAACACAUUAGCACCUACAACCACACCGGACUAUUUGGUGAAUUAGCGCUGCUCUACAAUAUGCCCAGAGCGGCCACCGUGCAGGCGGAAACCGUUGGCCUACUCUGGGCCAUGGAUCGCCAGACAUUCCGACGCAUUUUGCUCAAGUCGGCGUUCAAGAAGCGAAAAAUGUACGAGGAGCUGUUGAACAAUGUGCCCAUGCUGAAGGCCCUGCAGAACUACGAGCGCAUGAAUCUGGCCGAUGCCCUGGUCUCCAAGGCAUACGAGGAUGGUGAGCGCAUCAUCAAACAGGGUGACGCUGCUGAUGGCAUGUACUUCAUUGAGGAGGGCACCGUGUCUGUGCGCAUGGAUCAGGACGAUUCGGAAGUGGAGAUAUCCAAACUGGGCAAGGGCCAAUACUUUGGCGAACUGGCACUGGUCACACAUCGGCCACGUGCCGCAUCCGUUUACGCCACAGGUGGCGUCGUUAAGCUCGCAUUUCUUGAUGUGAGGGCAUUUGAGCGUCUGCUCGGACCCUGCAUGGAUAUUAUGAAGCGCAACAUUGAUGACUAUGAAUCGCAGCUGGUUAAAAUAUUUGGCAGCAAAAAUAAUAUCACCGAUACACGAUAAAAAGUCUGAACAACAACAACAACAACAAACAAACAAACAAACAAACAACAAUAACAAAAUGCAGCUACAACAACCACAAGCAGGCUAAUGGGUUUAAAAGGACUCUGCACAAACUAAACGAAGGCAUACAUACAACAACCAACAACCAACAACCAACAUCAACAACAUCAACAACAACAGCAAUAACAAGCAUGCAAUGCACUAACACAACCAAUACAAGCGCAAAC